UCGGGUGACGUCAUCCUGUGCGCCCGUAUAGUUUUUAUUUCCGCACUCUUGUUUACCCCAGGCAUAAACCACAAGCAAUUGUUACUUUAUAAAAAUGACACACCAGAAAGUACACAAUGCCAGCUCAAUUCCUAUAGAUGGUUUCAGUAAUGUGAGGAUAACGUCGAUAUGGACAUUCCUUAUGUCGGUCCAGUGGUCGGAGCCGUGGCUGAUCGGGCUGCUGACCUUCCAUACGAUCUGUCUCGGAUCGACUCUGUUAACGUGUCGGUUCUACCGAGUGCAGAUCUGUCAGUUCCUGCUUAUGGUUGCAAUGGUUUAUAGCGCUGAAUAUCUGAACGAGUUAGCAGCCAAUUACUGGAGGUCAUUUUCAAACUUCCAGUACUUCGACUCCACGGGCAUGUUCAUAUCCCUGGUGUAUUCAAUCCCCCUCUUGUUUAACACCAUCAUUAUUGUGAUCGUGUGGGUGUACCGGACAUUCUACACCAUGACUGAACUGAAGACCCUGCAGCUCAAGAGAAGAGCCCUCAGAGAAGGAAGGAAGAAGAUAGAGUGAAUCCCAGUUGCUACGGAGAUGUUACUUGAAGACUGUCUCUGGCCCGGGUCCGGGACGGGGAGAUGGGAGAGACACAUUCCACAAAGCAGUUGGACCCAAAGCCUCUGUUUAAAAAGCUAAAGGACCAUAUUCAGCUUAUUUUGGUGUUGUUCCGGAACUGUAAUUGACUUGACUACAAAGUCAACAAAGGACAAGGGUUGGGCAAGAGGGUUUAAUGUUUAUUUUAUUUAGGAUUAUUUCAUUAGUUGGAUGGCUUCAUCCUAUAAAAGGAUUACUUAAGAAAAGGACUUUGCUUUAUUAUUUAUUUUAUUCAUGUAUUUCUUUUAAACCAUUAUAAUAAAGCAUAUUGGUAAAUAUUA